AACUGGUAGGAACUGGUAGGAACUGGUAGGAACUGGUAGGAACUGGUAGGAACUGGUAGGAACCGGCCCCACGGACUGCGGUCCCGGGCUCCGGAGCAAGAUGCGAUGGACGCUGCUUGGAGCACUGGUUGGCUCUCCUGCUGCGAUGAUCCGAGGUGUCGCCCCGGAGAUGCAGGGCCAAUACGCUCAAGGUUUGCGUUGCAACGGCCAGGAGGUAGCAGCUUCCGCCAUCAAUGACAACUAUUGCGACUGCGAGGAUGGCUCGGACGAACCAGGCACCGGAGCAUGUUCCGGCCAAGAGGGCACGUUGUUCCACUGUGCCAAUGUGGGAAGCACACCUCGAUUGGUCUACGCCUCCCGAGUUGGUGAUGGAAUUUGCGACUGCUGCGACGGUUCUGAUGAGGACCAUCAGGUCACAGCCGCAAAGUGCAGCAACACCUGCAAGGAAGAAGGCGAAAGAUCUCGCGCUGAAAGAGAAGCAAAGUUGAAGGAUUUGCGUGCUGGUCUUCAGGUGAAGACCGAGACAAUUUCCCAGGCGAAGCAACAGAAGCAGGAGAAAGAAGCUGAGAUUCACAGGAUCGACCAAGAGCUGCCGGCCUUGGAGACGAAGCUCACGGAGCUCAGGCAGAAGAAGGAGGAAGCAGAUGCAGAGAAAAUGCAAGCAGAAUGCAAAACUGAGCUCCCCAGGCUCAGACAAAGAGUGAAAGAGCUCGAGGAGAAGGUGGCUUCUUUGGAGAAAGACUUAGUCGCAGGAGAUGGGACCACCACCACCACGACCAAGAAAGUGGUGUCCGAAUACGCCAAGUGGAUGGAAGGGGCGGAUGCCGCCAUGGAGGAAGACAUGGCAGAUGAGGACGAUGGCGUGGAAAGCCCUACGGCUCCAGCACCAGCACCUCCUGAAUCGGAGAACCCCAGUGAAGAUCCACUGGAGAAGGAACUGAAAGAGAUGGAAAGCCAAGUGAAGAGCCACAAGGCGCAGCUGGAUCUGAUGGAUUUGAUGGAUCUGAUGAUUCCCAAAGGGUUUGAUCGGUUGCCACUGGUGCCACUGGUGCCACUGGAUUCCAAGUCUCGAUUGAAGAAGGAACUGGACGAACUGCCAGAGGACAAACUCGGCUUCGCCAGCCUAAGAGACAAAUGCCUCGAGUACAAGACUUCCGAGUACACCUACAAGCUGUGCUUCUUCCAAGACGCCAAGCAGUCGCACACACGACUGGGCCAAUGGGAGCGUUUUACGAGUCCAACAGAGGCGAUCUUCAAAAAUGGCGAGAUGUGUGGGGCCCUCGGGGCCCUCAAAAUGUGGAGCUGCUGA